UGGAAAAAGAAUGUGAUGCGGAGGGCGCAACUCAAACGUGAAGCCUUCAAGUCGGAUGAAAAUGUUUUUCGAAUCGAAAUCGAGGAGGAUAAGGAUGACAAGGAAGAGGCGGAGGAAAAGAAAAAGGUUGGAGAAACUGAGGGAGUAGCAAUUAAAAAGGAUUCUUCAAAGUUCAAGGAAUACGAUCCAAAGGAUUUUUCGAAAGAGUCAAAGGAUUUAAAGGAUUCAAAAGAUUCAAAGGAUUUAAAAGAUUCAAAGGAUUUAAAAGAUUCAAAGGAUUUAAAAGAUUCAAAGGAUUCAAAAGUUUCAAAGGAUUUUAAGGAUACGAAGGAUUUGAAGGAUUCAAAAGAUUUAAACGAUUCGAAGGACUUGAAGGAUUCUUUCAAAGGUGAAUUAUCACUUGAAUCAAAAUUGAAGAACGAAAUGCGAAAUAGCGUACGAAGACUCACAUUGCCGGUGACAAAUAUCGAACUCGAACAAGUUUCCCUGAAAGAGUCGUUGAAAAAUUUAGCACCAUCGACUUCUCCUCUGUCUUUUUCGUUUUUUAAUUUCAACAAAACGGAAAAUAGACGACCAAGCAUCACGAAUAUUGCAAUUGGAAAAACUAUCGCUCCAAGUUUAGCCGGAUUAUUUCCCGAUUCGCCGAAUUUCCUGAAUCAUGAUAAUAUUGAUCUUCGACGAAGUCUCACUGAUUCGAAUUUAUCGGAUAAUAAUAAUUCAUCAACGACGAGUAAUUGUCUCGGUGAUGCGACAUUCACGGACGGUGAGAAGAAAGCCACGAGCGGAAGAAGAUGGUCGAGAAUACCAUUUUUACGUGGGCAUGACGAUUCCGAUCGUCGAUCGCAUCAUCAUCUUAAUAUUCCCAUUAUCACGUUUAAUGGACCCGCAACUUACUGUGGUACUGGUCGAAAAUUUAAUUUUGGCAUUCGAAGGCACUCGCAUCUGACUUUACACCGGACUGACUCCAUGGUAUCUCUUUGCUAUCGGAACUUGGCCACUUGCAUUACUGAAGAAAAUCUCGUGGGUCUACAGAACUUCCUCGAGAACAAGAGGGUCCAAGUUGACGAUCGAGACGAGAAUGGAAGCACGGCCCUGAUUUUUGCAGCCAGUAAAGGAAAGUUACACUUCGUGAGAGAACUUAUUAAUCAUGGAGCAGAUGUCAAUGCCGAGGAUGCGGACAAUUGGACCGCGUUGUUGCUCGCAGCGAAAGAAGGAUACGUGGAUGUUUGCCUCGAAUUACUCGACCAUGGAGCCGAUCUCGAGCACCGCGAUAUGGGCGGUUGGUCGGCUCUCAUGUGGGCGACGUACAAGGGAAGAUCGAAUACUGUAUCGUUGUUAUUGUCGAAAGGUGCCGAUGUCAACGCACAUGGGAAUUAUCACAUUUCAUCGUUAUUGUGGGCGUCAGGGAGAGGGUAUCCGGAAAUUGUCAAAGAUCUCCUGGCACAUGGGGCAAAGGUCAAUGUCGGAGACAAGUAUGGAACAACAGCUCUCAUUUGGGCGGCACGCAAGGGAAACUUAGAAAUUGUAGACACUCUUCUCAAGCUUGGAGCAAAUGUUGAUACAGCGGGCAUGUAUUCGUGGACGGCUUUAAUAGUAGCGACACUAAAAAAUCAGAUCGAUGUUGUCUUGUUACUUUUGGAGCACAAAGUGAAUGUCAACGCCUUCGAUAAAGAUGGAACAUCAGCAUUGAUGAUCGCAUGUCGGGAAGGUUACCACGAGAUAGUCAAUGCACUUUUAAAUACCGGUGCUUACAUUAAUGUUCAGGAUAGAUCUGGCGACACGAUUUUAAUUCACGCCAUCAAAGGUGGUCAUCGCGGUGUUAUUGAAUCGCUUUUAAAAAAAUACGUCGACGUCGACAUUGCUGGCAAGGAUAGAAAAACGGCGACUUACAUUGCAGUGGAGAAGGGAAACUUAUCAAUAUUGAAAUUAUUAUUGAGUGCAAAUCCAGAUUUGGAAAUAGGAACAAAAGAUGGCGAUACACCAUUAUUGAGAGCAGUGAGAUCGAGAAAUGCUGAAAUGGUUCAAUUACUUCUGGAUAAGAAGGCAAAAGUUUCUGCCUCAGAUAAAAAAGGUGAUACCGUUCUUCAUAUUGCAAUGCGUGCUCGUUCAAAGGGAAUUGUGGAAAUUUUACUUAGAAAUCCAAAAAAUAGUCAAUUGCUCUAUAGACCCAAUCGUCAGGGGGAAACGCCUUACAAUAUUGAUGUCAAUCAUCCAAAGACAAUUUUAGGACAAAUUUUCGGUGCUCGUCGGCUGAAUACCAAUGAAGAUAAUGAGAAUAUGCUUGGCUAUGAUCUCUACAGUAGUGCUUUAGCGGAUAUUCUUAGUGAACCUUCUUUAUCAACGCCAAUUACCGUUGGUCUUUAUGCCAAAUGGGGCUCGGGAAAGUCUUUCUUGUUGAAUAAGUUGCGGGAGGAAAUGAAAAAUUUUGCGAGACACUGGCUUGAUCCUGCAUUUCAGUUCUCAUCCAUAUUGUUUCUGGUGAUUUCACACUUUGCACUUUUAAUCGGAGUCGCUUUAGGUCUGGCUCUACAAUCCUGGAUAAUUGGUUUAUCCACGGGAAUUAUUUUAAUUAUUUUGGUGUACCUUUUUCUUCUCCUCAUAUGGUACGCUAAUAAACGAUACGAUUGGUAUUGGUCGUAUAAUUUCACUGUGACUCUCACUACGAAACUAAAUUCACUGAAACUUUUGUUAAAAGUGAUUUUCUGUCAUCCGCCGACUGGAGAAGUUCACGGUGGAAUAACGGUUCAACCAAUAAAAUUUUAUUUCACUGAUCAAACACGAGUUGGCACAACAACUGCGGGUGAAAAUGCAGUUGUUCAAAUGAUAGGAUCAUUGUACGAUUCUAUUGAAAAUGAUUUUGGAUCUUUAUCAACUAGAUUAUAUAGAGCUUUUAGACCGAAAACGGUGAAAACGUCUAAUGCCUGGGAAUGGAGAAAGAUGUGUUGCUUGCCUUACAUAGUUAUAUUCACAAUCUGCUUCUACAGCUUUCUCGUUGGCGUUUCUGUCCUCGCUAUUUACCUCAUCGAUAUAUCUAACGAAAUAACAACAAUUGAGACUGUUACUGCUCACAUAAUUAUGAUCACCGUUGCCCUUAUGCUAUCUGUGAGUAUUGUAGCAAAUUUGUACACAUGGAGUAAAACUCUUCGCGCUUUAUUUUUUUCCCAACGAAGACACCUUCAACGCAGUAUAUCCAAAUUAGAAACAUUGAAGAGCGAAGGUUUUUUACAAACUUUAAAACGUGAAGUGAACCUUAUGACAGAAAUGGUAAAGUGUAUGGACAGCUUCACGGCUCAACAAAGCAGACUUGUUGUGAUAGUCGAUGGCCUUGAUAGUUGCGAACAAGAUAAAGUCCUUCUGGUCCUUGACGCAAUUCAAUCGUUAUUCAGCGACAAUGGCUGUCCGUUUAUCGUGAUUUUAGCUAUAGAUCCACACAUUAUUGCCAGGGCAGUAGAGGUGAAUAGUAGAAGACUUUUUAUAGAUUCAAAUAUAGGCGGUCAUGAUUACUUAAGAAAUAUGGUACAUCUACCAUUUUAUUUGCAAAAUAGUGGUUUACGAAAAGUUAAAGUCGCACAGCAAACGGCGCAACACAGUAAAAAAAUUGUUUGGAAUGAGGCGGAGGAGAGUGUUAAUUAUGCUGCAUCGAGCAGUAUUCAUCGAUCGGUUUCAAAUAGAAGAUUGAGCACCGAGUCCGGUGUAAUGAGCAGUAAUGAGAAACUUAAACCGCCGAGUAGAAAGGGUAGUAGGAAAUUACGAUUAAGUGAAUCGAUCGCCAGUAGCAUUGGCAGUAAUCUCAAUCGAUUGGGAGGCGCUCAAGAUUUAAACAAAAUGCUCCUCACCGACGACUACUUUAGUGAUGUCAAUCCUCGAAGUAUGAGGCGACUCAUGAACGUCGUCUACGUUACUGGGAGAUUACUUAAAGCAUUCCAAAUUGAUUUCAACUGGUACCAUCUCGCUAGUUGGAUAAACAUCACUGAACAAUGGCCUUUUCGGACUUCUUGGUUGAUUCUUUACUACGAUAGUUGUGAGGAGAAUUUAGACGACUCGAUGUCACUGAAAAGUCUCUACGAUAAAGUACGACCGCAAAUUCCAGUUUUUAAAGAUGUGCAACCACUGCUUGAGAUUGAUAGAGAUGAGCGAAAACUCGAUGUAUUUUUGACAUUUCAUAGAUCGAGUUUAUUGAUUAGUGACAUGAAGAUUUUCCUACCGUUUACAAUUAAUUUGGAUCCCUAUAUAAAGAAGAAAAUAAAGGAGGAACAACAAAGUUUGGACGACGAUCCGAAUCAUCAAUUUUAUAAAAGUUUACAACCAUGGAAUGUUACUGGUCACAAUGAGCAAUGGUCGAAUCGCAGUGUUUUAACCAAUAGAUUAACAACUAGGAAUAAUAAAUUGAAAACACCUCAAGUACCGCAAAUUGCUCCAUUAGCACCAAAUUGGCCUGUUCAACCUUCAUUCAAUUGGCAAUUUCAGCAUUGGCAUCCACCUGGUCUACCACCACCGCCAAUGGAACCAUUAUCGAAACCCAUUUCUGCAACUACAUCUCUACCUCCGGAAAUCUUGGAGAUAAGACUUUCGUCAUUAUCAGUGAAUGGUUUGUGUGACUUGCUCGAUAAAAUUGAAGAUCUUAAUUUAAAUCAAGUUCAGUGUUACAAGGAAAUUAUUAAACAAAAUAACAUAACUGGUAGAGUGUUGCUUCACUGCGAUUUACAGGAGCUCAAGAAGGUACUUGAAAUGUCAUUUGGCGAUUGGGAAUUAUUUCGAAUGGUGGUGAUUUCAUUGCGAGAACAAGAACUUUCUUCGUUUUUAAUUCAGGAUGAAGGGCCGCGAAGUGUACGAUUUACAGUUGGAAGUGAACAAAUAGUUAGAAAAGAACACACUGGAACCAGUCUACCGAGAGUGACUCCUCACAUUGAAAAGGAAAAAUCGAGAACCGAUGGUCCGCCCAGAAGAGAUUCUAUGAAACAAUCAAUUAUGGAAAAACAAGUAACGUUAGAAGAACAAAUGAUUUGUGGCGCUCUACAAACAUUAAAUGAAGAGGCUUGCGAGGAUGUUUUCGACGUUCCAUCGCCGGCUGCAGCGCCAUUGGACUCACUUCCAGGUGAUCGUUCAAGAUCGAGAACAUCGAGUAUCACAGCGCCAGACACUGAAUACGUGAUUCUUCAAUCAAAUCCAUUGUUACAUUGGGUACCAGUUCAAGAUGAUGUCGAGAGUCAUGAUGACAGUUCACAGGAUUCAAAUAUAAGCCAAAUGCGUCGCAGUGAUUCGCAACGAAGUAUAAUUUCACAAAUAAGCAUUAAAUCGAAUUCAUCGUACGGUCGUCAUCAGCAAAAGAGUUCAAAAAAUAUUAAUAUCAUUUGUAGUCGACCAUCGUCAUUAUUAAUAUCACCACCAGCAUCACCACGUCCUGCUUUUCGUUCAAAAUCAAAUGACGACAAUUAUUUUAAUAUUGGUCAUAAUUCAUCGCAAAAUUAUCAAAAAAUUAAUUCCACACCAAAUAUCGAUCAGGAAUCACCGAAAACAAUUUUUGUUCCCGUUCCCGAUCAUCAUUCAAUAACAUCAUCAUCAUUGGGUAAAUUUAAUAAAAUUAAAGAUUGUUUUAUAGGAUCACCAAAUUCAAAUACCAUACAAACUGGCGAGGAAAGUGAUGAUGAAUCGACACCAUUGGUUUCGGAAUUAUCAUCACCAUCGCAUUCGAAUUCCGAUAAUGUUUUUCGCAUUGACGUUAGUCCCUGUGAUAGUAAUGAUUUUUCACAAUCAAGUUUAACGAAAAGUGGUGGUGGCGGUGGCGGUGGAAAUGGAGGACAAUCGUGUGAUAUUGAGGAUAUUGAAUCGAUGAGUCUUAUUGUUCGUGAUAAUUCCAGAACAAAAUUACUCUCAAGACAGAAAGCCGAAAACUGGGAGAAUCCAGAGACACCAGUUUGAUAUUUCAUUUAUUUAGGAAUUAUAAUUUUCAAAGUAUAACUUUUUUUAUACAAUUCUUUUUUUUUCCCAAAAAUUUAAUUUUUAUAUUUCUUUUUAUUGCGAAUUGCUUUUUUUUUUAAUUCUC